AGAGCUUGUGCACCUUCGAGACGCAUCACGUUUCACGUCCUUUUCAAUUCAACAUUUCUCAUAGACGGAGGACCUUAAAACUACAUAGUGCAUGCUCUCUCUCUCUCUGUUUCCCGUGGAUAAGAUCUUGAGAAUAUCAGAGACAGAGAGACCCCACUUCUUCCAUUAAAAUAACAAUAUCCACAACUUCUCAAUACCAAUACUGAGAAUAACCCAUGAUUUAUUCUUAUGGAUUAUUCUCUAUAGAAUCUGCUUUUUUACGUUACUUUGCUAUAAUUUUUCAUUGAUCCUGUGACGAUGAAACAAAAGAGUGGGAUGUGGAAUCCUGGUUUGGUUUGGUCUCUCAACUCGGAUAGAUAGAUUCCUCUCUGCGUGGCAGCGAUUCUGGGUGUGAGCCAAAAAGCUUUCUUUUGUUUGCUCUAUUACCACAUAACAAUCAAAUUCGGGGUUUUCUUUUUCUUGGGCGGGCGGAGGGGGGCUAAGUAAAAGACAUAAGAUAUUUGUGGUGAGUGCGGUGGUGGGUGGGCGUUAAAUAAUGCGUCUCCGUUUUUGGUGUUGUAUUUGCAUCAAUGCGUCGUUCAUGCUAGUGAUGCUUUUGUCCGUUUCCUGUGACGUUGGUUGUGUGUCGUGUUUUGCCACCUAUUUUGUCAAAAUCUAUCAACAGGAGAUUGAUUUGCGUUUCGAUUAUUGUGUGGUGAUUAGUUCUGUUGCUUGAUCCAUUUCUGCUUGUUUGUUUCAAUGCGUGCGUAUGAUUAAACACUUAAAUUUCUUUUUUUUCUUUGGCAAAUUGGUGGAUUGUCUUCGGUAUAGUGUAAUUGACUGUUCAAUAGAAAAUGGAUAUGAAUUAGAUUAUAGAGAGAGACACUGCUUUCUGCAGAUUUAGCCACCGAAAUUUGAUAUAUUCGAGGAGUUUCUAGAUUAGUAUCCUACAAUUACAAGCCCUCCUAUCCUCUUUCUGCCUGUUAUUUCUUCAGGCUUCUGUGCUUCCUGUUUAACGUUUUUUCAGUGGAUUAGUGUUGGGACAAGUUAUUUGGUCCAAUUGAAAUGAAAGAAUUUGAGUGAAAAGGAGAAUUAAAAACUCUGGCAAUGGAGAAUUCUCAUAAGGCUAAUGGAAAUGGAUCAACUGAUAAUGGAUACUCUGUUGCAAGGCACUCUUAUCAUCCCUCCUUAAAGGGAUCAUUACCUUGGCUGGACAUAAGGGUAUUUUAUGUAAGAGUGUGCAAGUGUGAGUUUGAUGAUUCCACUCCUGAGUUUCUUACACUGAACCAUGUUCCUUUAGAUCCUGAUACUCUUAUUGAAGUUAAUGGUGUCCGUACUAGUAUAUAUUCUGAUGGGGUGUCAACCCUUCUCAAAAGAGACAGGGUAGAUAGAAAAUCAGAAGAAGUAACAUUUGUAAGCACUGAUAGCAUAAGGAUAAGUGGUAGUGCAAAGUUUGAGGUGUUUGAUAAAGAUGUUCUGAUGCUCUCUGGGGUCUUAGAAUUAUGUAAUAGCAAUGGGGUUGUUCGGGAAUCAAGUUAUAAUGGACAAAAGUGGUGCAUGAACUGCGAGUCAGACUUAAUUCCAGGCACCAGCUUCUUCAAAGGGAAGCAAUUGCUGUUACCAGACUCAACUCACCCAACAAUUGAGGUCUACAUUGCAGGCUCCUUCUCAGGUACUCCAAUUAUCUUAACAAAGACCUUGCAGCUUAGUUCUCAGAAAAAGCAUACAAGGAAGGGGGUAUUGGAUGCAAUUCCAGAGCAUGAAGCAAGUGAAAAUGGGAAACACCGUUCUUCAGCACUUGUUUUGCAGGCCUCGGAUUACCUCUGUGACAAACAUGAAGAUGAGGAUUACAACAGCCUAUAUUCAGGAACAGCAUAUGCUGAGGGCGAAGAUGGAGAGCUUUCAUGGUUUAAUGCUGGUGUUAGGGUGGGUGUUGGUAUUGGACUUAGUGUUUGUCUUGGAAUUGGCAUUGGAGUUGGCUUGCUUGUUAAAACCUACCAAGGCACCACUCGCCACUUUAGAAGACGGCUGUUCUAGUUGGAGCUUCUACUGAAACUUCCAAGUUCUCCCCUUUUUGUCCAUCUCUCUCUUAAUAUAAAGCCAACUAACCUUGAUUUUGUCCAUCUCCCUCUCGAUCCAAAGACAACAGGUUUAAUAUCUUUUCCAAUAGAGUGCAGUUUAUUUUUUGGCUUGCAUGCUGUAUGUAAUAUAGUUUAUUUUAAGUGCCAUUCUAUACUAGUUAUGAUCUCAAGUAAAGCUGGCAGGUUUCAAUUAUUUGAUCCACUUGUUUAGGUGGUAUUAACAUGAUUUGUCUUAAGGGCGAAUUAGUUUUGUUUGGAUUUUCCAAUAAUACUCGUUCUAUAAUGUAAGUAAGGAGAAACUGGUCCCAAAAUUACUUGUCCCAGUUUCUGUGGCUUUUCACAACUCACCUCCCUUGCCCUGAGCAGCAAGUCAGGAUCCACGACAGCAGCUGGGCCAGAGUUGGCAUGACUAUCUAGUCUUAAAAAAUGGUGAAAAAAGUUAACUUCUACAUUUUCCUUUAUGACAAUUUAUGGGAAGAAAUUAGCUACUGGAGUCAGUUGUCUUUUGUUUUCAUUUAUUGGUUAAAUGGUGUAAGUAGAAGUGGUGUUGACUAUCCUCCUCUCCCUAGUUGGCUGGUUGUGCAAGGUAUGCUUCAUGGCAUUGACCUUCCGUCGUCCUAGUCCAAAUUGGUCGGGUUCCUUCCAAUUUACAUAUAGUGAAUCUCUGCCCACUGCUUCAUGUUGACGCAAAACAGUGACCAAUCUUCAUGAAAAAGGCAUGUUAUACGCGUAUCAAACAUUCAGACUUGUCUCCUAAUUGAAUACUAUUGUUGUC